AUGGAUGAAUUGCCCAAAUGUGAAGCAAACCACGUGGCCCUGACUCCCCUGACAUUCUUGAAGAGGGCCGCCGUGGUUUACUCUGAGCGUAAGUCCAUAAUCUAUGGCCGCCUCUCAUUCACUUGGCGGCAGACUUACGAGAGGUGCUGCCGCCUCGCCUCCGCCCUCAAGUCCCUCAACAUCGCCAAGAAUGACGUGGUGUCGGUGUUGGCGCCGAACAUCCCGGCCCUAUAUGAGAUGCAUUUCGCGGUGCCCAUGGCGACAGCCGUCCUCAACGCCAUCAACACGAGGCUUGACGCCCGCAGCAUAGCCACCAUCCUCCGUCACUCGGAAGCCAAGAUUUUCUUUAUCGACCACCAAUAUAUCCUCGUGGCUCGCGACGCUCUCCGCCUUCUAGCGGACGGCAACGCCACCAUGCCAAUGGUGGUGGUCGUCGACGACGUGCUCUCGCCGACGGGUGCUCGCCUCGGUUCCUUCGAGUAUGAGGACCUCAUCUGCCGCGGCGACCCGUCCUAUGGCCCCGAGGAGGUGUCGGAUGAGUGGGACCCAAUCGCCCUCAACUACACGUCGGGGACCACGUCGUCCGAGCCUAAGGGUGCGGUGUAUAGCCAUCGUGGCGCCUACCUCAGCACAAUCAGCAUGAUCAUUGGAUGGGGGAUGGGGCCGGAGCCUGUCUACUUGUGGUCCCUUCCCAUGUUCCACUGCAACGGUUGGACCUUCACCUGGGGUGUGGCAGCUCGCGGCGGCACCAACACAUUCGUUCGGAGCAGGCUCACCAUCAGGCUUCUCCGGACCAUCGCAGACUUCGGUGACCCUGACACCUCAUCCUACAGGCUUAAGGAGUUCAACGGUGGUCCUUGUUGCAGCAGCUGGGUCGAGCAACCCAUCGGAGGCCUGAACGACUAA